GCCACUGUGGUGGAGUGCGCGCGGCUCGGCCCUGGACGCGUCGUGUCGCGCGGGACGUGGUGCGGAGCGGUGGGGUGGCCCCGGCGCCAGGACUGGCUGCGGCCAUGACGAGCCCCGCUGUCGACACGGAGGAGGUGGCCAGGCUGGUGGAUAGCAUAUACAAGAACAUUUUGGACAAGUUUAACCCAGGCGCGCGCCAGCUGAUAGCCGCCGGGAAGGCGUACCUAAAGGCUCUUCAUGGAGCGUCAGCCGCCUCCAAGGCCUACCUAGAGGCGCUCAGCAGGCUGAGUGGACACGCCGAAGAGUCUGCGGGACACGGCGCCACCGACAUAG